AAUAAAGUAUAUUUCUGUAUCUGAAUCGGCAUUUAUUCCAAAUAGAAACCGUAAUGUGUGGUCUCUGUUGGCAGGAUUGUCAGGUCCACCUGGUGCUGGAAAAUCUACGUUUAUUGAAGCUUUAGGAAAGUACUUGACUGCCGAGGGCCACAAAGUAGCUGUACUAGCCGUCGACCCAUCUUCAUCCACAACUGGAGGUUCACUUAUGGGUGACAAAACGCGAAUGCCAGAACUAUCAAGAGACAGAAAUGCGUACAUACGACCUUCACCAAGUGGUGGCCACCUUGGAGGUGUGACAAGGAGCACAAAUGAAGCUAUAGUCUUAUGUGAAGCAGCGGGAUUUGAUAUCAUACUUGUAGAAACUAUAGGCGUCGGCCAAUCAGAGUACAAUGUAGCUCAUAUGGUGGACAUGUUUGUGCUGCUUAUACCCCCAGCUGGGGGGGAUGAACUUCAAGGAAUCAAAAAGGGAAUCGUCGAACUAGCUGAUGUAGUUGUUGUAAAUAAAGCUGAUGGUGCCCUACUACCUGAUGCUAGACGAAUUCAGUCAGAAUACACGAGCGCUCUGAAGUUUGUUCGUCGUCGGUCAAAAAUUUGGAGAACUAAGGUAACUCGAGUGUCCUCUUUGAAGAAGGAAGGUAUUGUGGAACUCUGGAAGGAUAUGAUGCAAUUCCGUGAUGUCACUAUGGAAGAAGGGGAGCUAGAAGUGAAGAGGAGAAAACAGUAUCAGAUCUGGAUGUGGAGCCACAUUGAACACCACUUGCUUUAUGUUUUUAAACAUCAUCCGAAAGUUAAUCCAUCAAUAAAAGAAAUGGAACAAAAAGUCAGUGAAGGCAUCAUAACUCCUGGUCUUGCAGCUGACUACAUGAUUAGUAAAUUUCUAGAAUAGAACCAGUACUGUAUAUUUAGUAUCUCAAAGUGUGGAUGUGUACCAUUACUUGUAAGAUAUGUUUGUGAAAUAUUGUAACUGCAUCGAAUCUGCUUUUAACCUUAUUUUAAGAAUUCAUAAAAUUUCAAGAACUGUAAAGAUAUUAAAGGUCAUGUAAAGUGUGAAUUUAGAACAGCAUACAAGUCUCAAGAAGUGCUAGUACAAGUAAAAAUGAUGUCUUUUGAUAGUUGUAACUGAAUGAUACAUUUGUAUUAUUUACUUCAGACAUAAUCAUUGAAGUUCUGUUGUUACAUUGUCUGGCUACUGUGGUUAAGGUAGUUGUUGUAUUAAAUAUUGGAUGAGGUUGUUUAAAUCUAGAUUCUGGCAUUAGGGUUAAGUAACCAGAUUAAUUACUGGAUGGAUUUAUAGUAAUGUUUUGGUGCUAAGGUUAUUAGAAGCUAGAUCAAUUUCUGGAUAGAGUUGUAGCAAUUUCUGGGUGCUAGAAGUGGUGUGUCAGGUAGUCAGAUUAAUUACUGGAUGAAUCUGUUGUAAUGUCUGGGUGAUAGGGUUACUACAAGCCAGAUUAAUUACUGGAUGAAUUUGUAUUAAUGUCUGGGUGAUAGGGUUACUACAAGCCAGAUUAAGUACUGGAUGAAUCUGUUGUAAUGUCUGGGUGAUAGGGUUACUACAAGCCAGAUUAAGU